AUGGGCCAGCUGAGCCAGCAGGAGCUUACGGCGGGCGAACUGCUCCUUGCUCUUGCUGAAGCCAACGGUUACCAGAGGGGAGUACACAGAGAGGCCGACGAAAUUUGUGGCCGAGAUAAGCAUGUCGCGAAGACGAAGAAGAACCAAAAUGCUACCCUCCGACGCUACGUCCUGUGGCGUCUCAGUGCCAUGAGGAAAGACCACGCCCAGAAAGCCCUACCCCCUCCCGAUGAAGAGACGGCUCGCCGUCAGUAUCUAGGGCACAAUGUGACCGCCCCCGACCUUGGUACGGUGAAAGACUUUAUUCGAUUUUACAUCGACAUAAGUAAGCCUCAGCUUGACAAGGAGAAGAAGAGACCGACUGCCGACUCCAUUAAUAUCGCUGCGGAAUGGUUCUUCGCCGGCUUUACUCGCGUCACAGGAACUGAGACUGAUAAAGAACGGAGCGAAGUAUACAAUUGGGUUCGACAGACUUUGACCCGCGAGGGGAUUAUCGUGAAUAAACACCCGGCUAAAACAUAA